AUGUUAGAAAUCGCUUGCUUCAACACCGAAUCAGCAAUUGCUGCAGCAAAUGCAGGCGCUGAUCGAAUAGAGCUGUGCGCAGACUAUGCCGCCGGCGGAGUUACCCCGUCCCUCGCAGCUCUCCAACAACUUCGGCAAAAGGCCAGCUUGCCAGUGAACGUCAUGAUCAGGCCAAGAGCAGGAAACUUCGUCUACUCCGACACGGAAUACGAAGAAAUGAUUACUCAGAUCGAAACCUUCAAGACGGAAGCGAGCGGCUUCGUGUUCGGUAUACUCGAUAGCGAUGACCGUGUCGACAUAGGCAGGAAUCAGAAACUCGUCGAACUGGCCAAACCGCUUCCCUGCACUUUCCACAGAGCCUUUGACCAGAUUGGAGAUAUGAAUGAAGCGACCGAACAACUCAUCGCUUGUGGUUUUCGAUCUAUCUUGACGAGUGGUGGCCAGUCGAACGCUGUCGCGGGUGCGGCACAGGUUGCGAAGCUGCAUCGCCAGUGGGGCGCGCAAAUCUCCUUCAUCCUAGGCGGUGGAGUGCGAUCUACGAAUGUUGGUGGAUUGAAGGAUGAAACAAGCGUAGAAUGGUAUCAUUCUGCCGCGAUUACGCAGGGAGGCGAAGAUGUUGAUGAAGAUGAGGUGGCGAAGCUUCAGAGCGCGUUGAGCCAACGCUGA